AUGCUACGACAAAUUGAAAUCGAAGCAAACGGAAAGUCUGUAUCUGCUGAUGUUUACAUCACAAAUGCGAACGGGCCAGCAAUAGUCGGUCGAACGUGGCUCAAAGCAUUUAAUUUGUGGCCUCUAUUUCUCGAUUUAAAAUAUCAAACGAUCAAACCAAAGGUUGUAGUGAACGAGAAAUUGAAAAGUAUAAUAAAGAAACAUGAAGCGGUAUUUACGGGCCGGGGAAAAUUUACAAAAGGCGAAGUAAAAUUAGAAUUAAAAGAAGAGGCCAAGCCAAAAUAUUUGCUUGCACGAUCGGUACCAUUUGCGUUGAAAGAGCGAAUUGAAAAUGAAUUAAAGCGAUUAGAAAGUCAAGGAACAAUCGAAGCGAUUGAGCACUCUGAGUGGGCUACUCCAAUAGUGCCAGUGCUUAAACCAGAUAACAGUAUACGUAUGUGUGCUGAUUUUAAAGUCACUUUAAACCCGCAAUUAAUCACGGUAAGGCAUCCAGCGCCUAAUUUUGUACAUGCAGUUGCACAGUUACAAGCUGGGGUUAAAUAUUCAAAGUUAGACCUAAAAGAAGCAUAUUUACAGAUGCCGGUCGAAGAGAAGUCUCAGAUGUUGCUUACUAUUAACACACACAUGGGAUUAUUCAAAUACAAGUACAUGUCAUUUGGAAUAAGUUCAGCCCCGGGAAUUUUCCAAUUACGUAUGGAGGAAAUUUUAAAAGGAAUUCCCGGAGUAGCGAUUGUAGUAGACGAUGUGGUUGUGACGGGUAAAACUACAGAUGAGCAUUUGACAAAUUUAGAUAGAGUCUUAGGAAAAUUAAAUGAAUGUGGACUUAAAGUACGUGUGGAAAAAUUCAAAUUUUUUGAAGAUAAGAUUACGUACUUAGGUUUCGAAAUUAGCGGUAACGAAAUAAAAGUCGAUUCACAUAAAUAUCAAGCGAUUGAUGAAAUGAGUAGACCUAAGGAUCAUAAAGAUUUACAAUUGUUUUUGGGUAAAAUUAAUUAUUAUGGAAGGUUAAUAAAUAAGCGUGCAGAAAAACUUGCAGCGUUAUACGAAUGUCAGGGAAAGGAAGAAUUUGUGUGGAACGAGGCAUGCGAAAAAGCAUUUGUAAGUGCGAAAGAGAGUUUGAAACAAGCCGUUGUUAACUAUGAUCCUAAACUACAUCUAAUUUUGACGUGCGAUACAUCGCCGCUAGUAUUAGCAGCAUAUUUAAGCCAACCCUAUCCAAAUGGUGAUAAACCAGUAGCGUUUGCGUCAAAACGUUUAUCAGAAGCGCAAAAAGGAACCGAUAACAGACUGAUUUAUAGAAUUUUCGGACCAGAGAUUACUUAUUUACAUUCCGUGGUCCAAAGUGAAAUUGCUCGUUUUGAUUAUAAAACUGUGGCUCGCGAGACGAGUAAUGAUAAAAUUUUAUCAAUUGUAAAGCGUCUAGUGGAAAGCGGAUGUAAAGUGAAUGGAUGGCCUGAUGAAUUAAAAAGUUAUGCACAACGUAAGGACGAAUUAUCAGUUAAGCGAGGCUGCCUAAUGUGGGGACAGCGUGUUAUUAUACCACAAAAAGUUCGAAAGCGUAUUGUCGAACAAUUACACGAGUGUCACUUUGGCAUCGUUAAGAUGAAAUCUCUGGCAAGGUCGGUCGUAUGGUGGCCCAGCAUCGAUAAUGAGUUGGAAAACGCAGCAAAGUAUUGCCAAAAUUGUGUUCAGGCAUUUAGCAAACCUUUUCUGCGCCAAAUCACCCAGCAACAAAUGGCGCUGCAGAGAAUUUUGUCAAAACGUUUAAACGUAAAAACUACGAAACAUUCAACAACAGGCGAAACACCUGCCAAAUUAUUAUUUAAGCGUAAAUUAAGAACUUCUUUACAUUUAGUACAACCAGAUGUCAAAUAUUAUGUUACACAUGAUCAGAAAAACCAAAGAAUAACCAUGAAUUAUCAGCUGUACUUCUGUUCCAGGUCGUAA